AUGCCUGCCAAACUGGCCAGACUGGGCACCGGAUUGGGUGGCCGCCCGGAAGAAGGGGCACUCUCUGCAGAACCAGGCUAUGACGUCCUGGAUGAAUACCGGGCUGGCGGAUCUGGCUCCGCGUCCCCCGGAGAAGGCACUCCUGACCGCUUUUCCCAAUAUGUGCGGGACG